AUGAAUGGCAGACGGUUAAGGCUCGGCGCCGUACCAUAUCUGCCGAACGUACACGUAGUUGAUGUGCCCUUAGGACAGGGUAAUGGUCGCUAUAUUCUACCAUCGAAGCCUAACGUAUCGGCCCAGAUCGAUGGUACCGAACUGUGGCUAGUCGUACUGUUCUGUGAAAUUGUGAACUGUACCACGGAAAUAAUGAUGGCGUCGGAAUGGGGUACGGUCUUUGACAAUGGCACCAAAGUCGGACUGAUUGGUGCACCGGCGGAACAUCUAGUUGAUAUCACCUUCGCGGGUCUGUACACCUGGUACAGCAGCUUCCAGUAUCUGGCAUUCACCGCCGUCCAUUCGAGAUCCGGUUGUACUUGCAUUGUGGCAAAACCGCACAUAGUGGCCAACUGGCGAACUCCGUUUCUCUCAUUUAGCGGCCCACUGUGGAGUGCUGUUGCGUUAGCCUUUCUCUCCGGAACCGUGGCCGUGUGUGUCAUGGAACGGUGCCGCCAAAGGAUCCUAAACCUAACUCACGCACUAAAGUACACCUUCAGCGAUGCGAUCUUGGUGAUGAUAGGAUUCUUCAUGGAACAAUCGGUACCGAUGCCGAACGAACUGGUUGCAUCGGUUCUACUCUUCAGCACGCUCAUGUUUGCUGGCUUCAUGAUCGGCAGUAGCUACAACGGUGGACUGGCCAGUACGAUGAUCGUACCGCAGUAUGAACCAUGUGUUAACAAUGUGCACGAACUGGCCGAAGCGCGUAUGACGUGGACCGGUGUUAGUGUUUCCUGGAUCUACUCCAUCCUGCUCGCUUACCAGCCCGAUAUGCUUACACUGCUGAAAACGUUCCGCGAGUGGGAUGAGGAAACAAUCGCACGGCGCGCCAGUGAUCGGGAUGUGGCCAUUAUUGUCGAAAGGAUGGAGUAUGGUCAUUUCGCUUUCCCGCCGAUGAGCAUCGAAUCGAUGAAGGGUCGCCAGAUGCUGACGGAUGAUGUGUACUGGGAGUCGGUCGUCGGUAUGUGUAGCAAGACGUGGCCGGCACGGGCCCGCUUCGACCGGAUGGUACUGGAUUUGAAAGCCUUCGGCAUACUGGCCCACUGGGAGUUUAUCGGUGUUAUCCGGUUUCUUAGUCUCGAGUCGCAGCAAGUCAUUCGCUAUUCGCGAGACAGUGGCGGCGACGAGUGCACACCAUUACGCAUCUCGAACAUUACCGGAGCGCUCUUGAUCCUUGCUGUCGGACUCGGCUCAUCCAGCGUUGUUUUUGUCCAACUACAGUUUAAUAGCUACCACAAUCCAGCACUCUAA